CCCGCCGCGACCGCGAUGGAGCCACCCGCACCCGGUUCAGAACCACCGGUCGAGGAGGACCGCAUCCAAGAACAUGACCCCAACUCCAACUCCAACGCCUCCUCCCCGGGCGCUGCUGCGCCGCCACCUCCCCCCGCGACGCCCCUCCACCUCGAGCAGGCCGGAGGCGGCGCCGAUGGGUCGAGCCCCGCCACGGUGGCCGGCCCCUGGAAGGGCAAGGGAAUCGCCGACAUUCCUUCUCCUCCGAGCUCCGCGAGCAGCAGCAGCAGCAGCAGCUCCCUCGACUUCGGCGCGGCCUUCGGAGGCGAGGUCGGGGAGUCGAGCAAGAUGGGCGGCAGAAAGGCGCGGGUGAGGUGGAGCCGCCCCGUGGUGGCGGAGACGAGGGAGGUCCCCAACGCGGCGGCGCAUCCGUUGGACUUGGACCCGAAGCUGGUCGCCAGGCAGCGGUUUAUCGAGCGGCUGAUUGAAGCGCGGGCGGCCGUCGACAAGGAGGAGCCGUUCGACCCCAACACGGUGUUCGAGCAGAUGGUGAUCGAGCAGCUGAUUCAAGAGCAGGCGGCCGGCGAGGAGGCGAACAGGCGACGGGAACAGCAGGCGGCCGUCGACAAGGAGAACAGGCGACGGGAACAGCAGGCGGCCGUCGACGAGGGGACCAGGCGAUGGGAACAGAAGUACAACUCGUUGCGCGCGGAAGAGGCGAUGUACCAGAAGGAACAGGAGAAGGUUGUGGUAAAGGUGAGACCCAAGCAGGACAAACUACCGCAAGUAAAGGGGAAAUCGUUGUGGAGUCGGGUCAAGAACAAGAUUUUUUGUGGAAAAGUAAGGGAAAUAUGUUCGGAACAUGUGAAGCACCAGAUAGUAUCUUCUUGUCUUCUUGCGCGUGUAUCACCUCCACCUCCCCGCGCGACGCCCCUCCACCUCGACCAGGCCGGAGGCGGCGCCGACGGGUCGACCUCCGCCACGGUGGUGGACCCGCGGAAGGGCAAGGAGACGCUGCUGCCCAGGGACAUUCCUCCUCCUCCGAGCCCCACGGACUACGCCGGCGGCGGCGCCGAUGGGUCGAGCUCCGCCGCGGCGUGGGUCCAAAGGAAGGGCAGGCUGGCCGCCGUUCCCUUUCCGGCACCUUUUCCCCCAAGUUCCGCGGGCAGCAUCCCCGACUUCGGAGCCGGGGGGUCAAGCUCCUCGGCGGGGAGGAGGAUGGUGGUGCCGAGGGACGCGACGCUGCCGUUCGACUACACGCGGGUGUUCCAGCAGGCGGUACGAGAGGGGCAGUCGGUUAUCAUCGAGGAGGAGCAGGUGGAAUCGCCGCACGCCAAAGACGCAGUCCCGGGAAAGGAAAAGGAGAAACUACGACAAGUCAAGGUGAGACCCAGGCCUGAAAAGGGGAAAUCACCCUGGAGCUGGCUCAAGAACAAGAUUUUUUGUAGAGAAGGAAGGCAAAUAUGUUCGGAACAUGUCCAGCACCAGACACAACCCAUCUCCGAAGUAAGGAAUCGUUAUAUGGUUUCUUCUAAUGGGAUGAACAGUCUUGAUGGCUAUUCAGAAUUUAGACCGGUGAUUGGAGAUGGGGAGUGUUUCUACAGGAGCUUCAUAUUUUCCUACCUAGAGCAAGUUGUUGAUAGGCCGGACACAGAUGAGGAACGCCGUUUCCUUGAUGUUGUUGAAACAGCGUCUGCACGACAUGCAGAUCUUCGAUGGAACUCUAAGUUUCCCAGGAGCAGCAGAGCAUUUAAGAAGCUGCUUGAGAAAGUAAAGAGAUGGAAGAACACGGAAUCAAGUAGCAGUUGCCGUAAAGAGGAACUUCUCAAGUUCUUCAGCACAUAUGAUAAGACGCAAGACAUUUUUGCUUUCCUCAGAUUACUAGUAGCUAUCCAGAUAUGCUCGCACAGUGCAGAGUAUGUACCGCAUAUACCAGAUGUCGCCAGUGGAGUUUACAGUCUGAAAGUUUGGUGCUUUCUGUACGUCACUCCAGCUCGUGUGGAAUCGGAAGGUCUUAUGAUGAGGGCCUUGGCCAGCGCGCUUGACGUAACCCUCAUAGUGGAAACAUUCCAAGGAGGAUAUGCUCGAGAUAUCUACACUAGUCCUGGAGUUCCCCGUCCGGCUGUGACCCUGCUGUACAAUGGUAAUCACUACGACAUCAUCUACCCGCGCGCUCCUCCUUCCGAGAGUUCAAGUCAUCAGGCUUCCUAGAUAGAACAUCCUGGUGAUCAGAGUUCAAUUCAACAGACUUCCUAGAGAGAACAUCCAGCUGACCAGAGUUCAAGUCAACAGAUUCCUCUGGAUUAAAGUUGUGUUGGGCUGCUGCCGUUGAAUGAGAGUGUUGCUGAGUUUAGUUGUAGAGUAGAUCCACCGAUGAAGUUGGGGUAGGCAUAGCAUAUACUUUUGCAUUCUUCUUCUGUUGGCUGGUAUACGAGUGAAUGUUCUGUGAUCGCAUUCGAACUUCUUAAUUGUGUUUUUGAAAUUUGAACAUGGGCAUGAUAUCGGCUGGUCUUUUUUGUAUGUUCUGGAAGACACAAAUAUUGCUCUUGUUUGGACA